AUGCGAGGCUCGAUCAUUGUCUCAGCUGUUCUGCUGGGCUUGUCGUAUGCGAAGCCGACGCUUAACCGCCGAUAUGUGGUCAAGGAGAGCCAUCCUGUCCCGACGGAGUUUUCCCGCGUGGGAGAGGCACCAGGUCAUCAUUUGAUGCGUCUGCAGAUCGCCGUGAAGCAGGGCCAAUUCGAAGUAUUGGAGAAGCAUCUGUGGGAGAUCUCUGAUCCGGACCAUGCUCGCUACGGGAAACACCUGAGUCUCGCCGAAGUCAACGAUCUGGUUAAGCCAACGGAUGAAUCUACUGACAUGGUCCGCGAAUGGUUGCAUGAACAUGUAUCGCCAGAACACAUCGAGGCCAGUCCAGCUGGCGACUUUUUGUCAUUCACCCUGCCGAUCGCCAAGAUUGAGCAGAUGCUGCAGACCAACUACUCCAUCUAUCAGCAUGAGGAUGGCUCAAAGCUUGUGCGAACCCACGAAUGGAGUCUACCGCUGCAUUUACACGAGCAUGUCUCGGCUGUGCAGCCGACUACAGCUUUCAUCCGCACCGUUCCGCAGGCCAAGACAUAUGUUUCCGUUCCUGGAGCAGCAGAGGUUCCUACUGUCCAGACUUACGGCGGCAAGCCCACAGUCGAGAAGGUGUGCGAUACCGCCGGCGUGACACCGCUUUGCCUAAGGACACUGUACGGCACCGUCGACUACAAGCCCAAAGCAGCCGGCCGCAACCAGAUCGGUCUGACCAACUACCUCGGCGAGCUCAACAACCGCUCCGACGCAGCCAUCUACCUGAAGAACUACCGCCCAGAAGCCAUCUCCGGCGCCCAGACCUUCAAGCAAAUCUCCGUCGCCAACGGCUCUCUGCAGCAGACACCCGAGACGCCCGCGCAGCUCAAAGCCGGCACCGGCGUCGAAGGAGCCCUCGACGUGCAAACCAUCCUAGGCGUCUCCUGGCCAACUCCCCUCCUCGCCUGGUCCACCGGCGGCGACCCGCCCCCCUUCACCCCCGACGCAGACGACCCCACCGUAGACAACGAGCCCUAUCUCACCUGGGUGAACUACGUCCUCCGCCAGCCCUUCGUGCCCCAAGUAAUCUCAAACUCUUAUGAAGACAACGAGCAGACCGUGCCCCUCUCGUACGCCAGGGUCGUCUGCUCGCAGUUCGCACAGCUCAGCGCGCGCGGCGUGUCCGUCCUCUUCGGCAGCGGCGACGGCGGCGUGGGCGGCGUCCAGCCCGGGGGCUCCUGCAAAUCCAACGUCGACGGCAGCACGCGCUUCAUCCCGCUGUUUCCGUCCAGCUGCCCGUAUGUGACUUCGAUCGGCGCAACCGUCGGCUUCAACCCCGAAGUCGCGGCGUAUGAUCCGCGCAACAAGUUCUCCACCGGCGGCGGCUUCUCAAACUACUUCCCCCAGCCCGCGUGGCAGGCUAAGGCGGUGAAGUCUUACCUGCACACCCUCGGUGACGAAUUCGAAGGCCUGUACAACACGAGCGGUCGCGCGUACCCUGAUCUUUCAGUCUACGGCGUCAACUACACCAUCAUCUGGAACGGGACGUUGAGGCGCGUGGACGGGACGAGCGCGGCGACGCCAACGGCGGCGGGUAUCUUCGCGUUGUUAAACGAUGCGCUGAUUGCGCACGGGAAGCCUACCUUGGGCUUCCUGAACCCAUGGUUGUACAAGAAGGGCAAGGCGGCGUUUGUGGAUGUCACGAGCGGCAGUGCACCUGGAUGCAACACAACGGGAUUCCCUGCUACCAUAGGUUGGGAUCCUGUGACUGGGUUCGGGACACCGCGAUUCGACAAGUUGUUGAAGGCUGUCGGGCUAUAA